GUCUUAACGUAAUGGGAUUCUGAAGUCUCACGAAGAGGAACGAGUCAUGCCAAGUCAUAUUUAUAUUCAUUUUACGGUCCUUUUCUUUAGAUGGUAUGGUCUUUCUUUGGUGGGUUGUUCAAUUCAAUAGUUUUUAUUAGGAUUUAUUAAAUAAAUGAUUGUCAGAUCUAAUGUUUGUUGGAUGUAAUCUGUGUCUCUGUUGGAAGGGCACUUUUGUUACUACAGGUUAGUUUUAUCCAUUCUAGAAUUCAUUUGUAACAUGGAGGAUUAGUUUUCUUUGGAGAAGUGUUGUGUUUAUUAAUUUUCCGUUUGUUGUAUUGGUUGUCAGGUUUGCUAGUUGGUGGUUGUGUCAAAUUUUACAUUGUAUGUCCUUUCUAUUUCAUUAGGGAGUUCAAAGUAUAUAUGAUAAGAACUCAUCGUGCUUCUAGAUCUCCAUGUCCGUUAUUGUUUUAUUUGUCGGAGGACCAUUUCUGAUAGCUACAAAGCAGUUUUAUCUGUUGGGAAAGAAAGCUUUAGGUGUUGGAUGGUUGUAAUAGUUAUUCUAACACUGUGCUAUAGAAUAUACUGAUUGUUUCUUUCUCAUUAAGUUAGUCUUAAAGGUUUGGAAUUUUGGCAACUUUUCUCCAUGGCGUUAAAGGAUGUUUUGGACAAGGACAGCCUUUUCUCCCCCUUUCAGGCGACUAUGGUCUUCUUCCUCUGUGCUCCACUAACUCUUGUAGGGACUCACAACCUCAUGCAGAUUUUCACAGCUGCUGUACCACCUCAUCACUGCCGCUCUAACAUCACAAUGUACCACAACCGCCUACCAACAGAUCCUUGUACUCGUUUUGUUUCAUUCCUGACCAAUGACACUGAGUCCUGCAGUGACAAUGAUGGCUGGGAUUAUGAUCUGAGUGUAUACACAUCAACUAUCAUUAAUGAGGUAGGUGAUGCUAGGACUUAAUUUUAAAAUAACAGCUUGAAGCAGGACUGACAUCUAUGAUCUUUCCUGCUGUUUUUCCACAUAUAUCUCACUUCUCUUCAGUAUCCAAAAAGUCCAGACGAGGAUGAAGAGAAUACAAUAUUUUUAGUCUACGAGCUUGUGGACCACAGGUACCCAGUUCUGCUAUUGGUGUACACUUGACAUAAGAAGAUGGUUAUUUAAUAUAAAAUGGAAUUUAUAUUCAUCAGAAAGUACAAAACUGCCUGAAAUUUAAGAACAGAAUAGACAAAGUCAGCUAUGCUUCCAGGUUGACUAAUUUGGCCUAAACUUUUACGUUCUCACUUUUUUUGUGAAUAACCCUUUCAAUAUUCCAAAUAUCCAAAAAAUAUAUAAAAUUGUAAAUUGCAGUUGCUAUUACAACUUUUGUAUAAAUAAACAUGUGCGUAAAUUUUUAUAAUUCUUUGUGCUUCGAGCCCUCCAUACCUAUCAAUGUCCAACAGCACGCACAUGGCCUCUUACUCCUGAUUGGCCACAUAUUUUAAUUAUUUUUAAUAUGUACAACAUGAUUUUUCAAUUGAGUUAUAGUGGAGAAAGACAGGAACUUACUGAAACUCUUUUUUUCUGACAUUAUGCCCUAUUCUCCAUUAGUUGUUUGUCCUCCUCCUUUAUUUAAGAAAUUCUGUAACACUUACCUGAAAUCCAGGGCUGUUUUUGCACAGAAUUAACAAUAGACCAUUCCGGGCUGCUUACGUCAUGUGUUGCAGGGGUGCAACUAGCUCCCGACAAAGAAGUGAAGAAAUAUUAGUAUGGGCAGCGUUUUAAGUCAAAAAGCUUCACAAACAGAUUCCUACUACCAUGACCACUUCUAAAAGCAGGUUGGAGUAAUGCUUUAAAAAAAAAAUGUUGAUUAGAUAAAAACUUUAUACAUACUGUAGGAUUGAUUAAACAAGAAUAUGCCUUAGCUGAAUGCAAGCUCAACUGAAAGCUAACAAUAGUUAAAAUAACAAUUGAAAAAUCAAAGGAAAUAGGGCGUGCCUUUAAUGGAAAUAUAUAAAAGUAUAUCAAAUAUAAAAAUGAAGUAAAAAGAAGUCCAAAUUAUAUAAAAUAUAGAUAUUUUAAAUGAAGUAAGAAAGUCCAAAUAUAUAGUCCACAAAUAAAUGAAGAGUGUUCUUUGUAGCGUAGUCUAGUCUUUUUCCAGGAGAUGAGUUGUAUUUCUCAAUGGGCCAUAUGUGGAAAAAGUAAAGAGACAACCAAUGGUACAGUAUGUUGAUAUAAACUGAAAUAUAUGUAAAUAAAUUGGAGUUACUCACAAUUUCCAGAGCUAAAAUCCAGCUUUGGUAUGAAAUGCGUGGAGUGGAAUGAUCCCCACUCUGGGAUGUAUGGAGCGGUGACUUGCAGAAUAAAUGAUCCACCGAAGACUCCGACCGGAAAUUAAUACAAAUAAGGAGAAUAUAGUGCUCACUGUUUAAUAUAAGUUAAAAAGAAGGUAUGAAAUGUACUUACAGAGUAUUGAGCAUUCUUAUCUGCUCAAUUUUUAGCGCAUGGGUGGUAUGAUCCCCACCUAAGGAUUUUCAGUAAAUCCGUAUUGGCUCAGGUUAGUCAGGUAUGAAAUAAAAAUUAGAAAUAAAAUAAGGAAUGUGGCAGAAAAGGUUUGAGGCCAAAAUUCCUUUAUUAUAACAGUAUAAAAAUAUUAAAACAAUUUCUAAAUGCGUUUUGCCCACAACAGGUUUCUUCCAGUAGAAUAAUAGUAAAGACAGUAACCUGGCUAACAAUGCUUUAUAUAUGGUUUGUUCAGUAUAUUGGAAUUUGAAUAUUCCCGCCAAAAUGACGUCAUCACAUACUUUAAUUUUAGAUACAUAAUUAAAAUAGCAUAAUAGUAACAUAAAGAGCUUUAAUAUGCAUUUACAAGGUCAUUUAUUAUAAAAUAACAUAAAAACGAGGUGUAGAAAUUAAAUAAUACGGAUAAAACAUAAGUCCUGUGACGUACGCGGAAAUGAGAGACUUCCGCGUCACGUGGGUAUGGUGGAACGCAUGCGUUCCAUAGCAAAGGAGAAGGCCAGGGAGAAUGAAUAGAGGGACAUACAAAUUGGGGAGCAGUGGUUAAAAAAAAAAAAGAAUAAAAUGCAUGCAUUAUAUUUAUCAGGGAGAUAACUCACAUCUGUAAGCAAAUGGUGAUUAAAGGGACACUAUAGUCACCAAAACAACUUUAGCUUAAUGAAGCCAUUUUGGUGUAUAUUUUGUUUAUGCAGCUCUAGUAACACCUUCCUGUAAUAACAGUCUUCCUAAACACUUCCUGUAAAGUGAGAUCUAACGUUUAAACUUCCUUUAUGGCAAAUUCUGUAUAAUUUGGAAUUUCUUAUUUCCUGCACUGUUCAAAACUUGGAGUCUCCUGUAUGGGAUUAAAGUUCAAUUUAUAGAGCAGGAGAUAAAAACUUCUAAAAUAAGUUAACAUCGGAUUGACAAUGAAAACGGAUUAGAGUGAGAAAGAUGGCGGCGCUCGUGAGGGACAGGUUAUGAAAAGUAAUCUCACCUUCACCUUCCCCCCCCAUUCCCUUGGCCAACAGACUGCCAGCAGCAAUGUCACUGUCUGGGGACCUUGCAAAUUCGGCAAAGUACCCAGAUGGUGACAGUGCCGCUUUAAGCUAAAUUUUUGAGUUGACUAUAGCGUUCCUUUAAGUUCCAGAGAGGGCGUGAAAUUGCAGUCUUGUGAAAGUUGGUCUUUGUAAGUUCACCCUCUGAUUCCGACACACUGACACACCUGCAUCAAACUUAUACAAUUCUUACCCCUUCAGAUGCUUGCAUCAUUUUGUGAGAGUACCAAUAUUAACGCACCAUUGUCAUCUUCACAUUGUUCCCAGGCAACUAGGUGUCAUUCUGUAGGGUUACCGAGUUUGAUGCAUUUGCAUUCAUUUCUUUCCAACCUGUUCAAUUCAGAUGCAGCGUAAUUUUCACCAACUACUUAUGUCAUUCUGGCCUCAUUCUAUCCUAAAAUAAAGCAAGCCUUAACGUUAAGGCUGGUGGUAUUGUAGAGUGCAAUGUUGUAAGAGGGUCAACCAGGGAAAAUUGGAAACUGCUCUUUAAUGUAUAGAGAGAGGUAUAUCUAGUAACAGAACACAGCCCCCAUAAUGGUGGUUAGUAAGCAGCAAAGCACGCUUUGACACCAACUUUAAAAAAAAAAUUGUUAAAAUAAAAAAAAAAUAUAUAUAUAUAUGGUUUACAGUAAAGGUGUUUUCAAGUUAAGAAGCUAGAAUGGGACUAUUCAGUAAUUGUAUACCUAGCUGAUUAUUUUACAUCCAUUGUCAUUUUAUGAACAGUUCUGCAUACUAUUUGAUAAUAUUCAGCAGUGUUUAAUAUGAUGAAUACACAGUAAAUGAUUAAAAAUAUACCCAGAAGACCAUUUUUAAAAGCAAACUGUUGGCAGGACUGAUGUACACAAGAAAUGCAUCUGAUUAUAAUGUUAAUCACACAGCAACGAAUUAACAAUAUUCUGUUCUGAAACAGUGGAAUUUGGUGUGUCAACGGGAAUAUAUGAAGGAAUUGGCCCAGUCCCUUUACAUGGCAGGGGUUCUGGUUGGAGCAAUAGUAUAUGGACCACUUGCAGACAGGUAAUAUGUUGAAAAGAAUAAUCGAAACAUAUCAUUGAGAUUUGUACAAAUACAAGUUAAUAUAUUCUGGUUCACAAGGGAUAAAUGCUAAUAGACAAUGUUUAAAAACUGUAACUGUGACUGUAGAGUAUAUUGCAAUCCAGCGUCGAUAAUUGAUCAAUAACGUUUUCUAACUUACAGCUUGAAUGGCAAGUCAGCUUUCAAACAUUCAGCAACAGGAAGGGAUAUACAGGGGUAUUCACUAAACUCUGAAUGACCCCAUAUGGAAUGGAGCAAAACCAUUGUGUGAGGCCAUGCAGAAUGUGAAUUCCAUAUAUUUUUCAUUCUAUUUUACAUACAUGACAAAUGAACCUGAAUAUGGUCUGGAUUUCAGAAGGACCGAACGUUUGCAUGAAUGGGUGAAAUCUGGACCUAGAUCGUUAAAAUUCUGGCCCGGAUUUUAAAAAUUGGACUAAAUCCACUGGCUGCCCGCCGCAAAAAAAUUAAAUAACCCUUGGUGGCACAAGUAUUAACCAUGUGGAGGUUUUUUAACCAAUCAUUGCCUGGGAAUAUUCCCAUUCUUGAUGUUUCUACACACAAACACGUAGAUAGUAUCACAUGGCUCUGCAGAUUUAGGAGUUUUUUUUGUUUUUUUUUACAAACAUACUAUAUGACUCUAUACUUUUGAAACAAACUUGAACUUUUAUUCCUGGUUAAAAAGGUAUAAAACGACUCUUUCCUGUGCUGUGCGGGUCUGUUGUGGCCCUCUGUGCCUGCUUGGCUGAGAUCAUCAAACUUGAUGAUUUCAGCCAAUCCAAUGCUUUCCUAUAGGAAAGCAUUAGGAGGCUGUUGCGUGUGUGCGGCAACACGCUGCACUGCACCUAUCAGCAUCUCCUCAUAGAGAUGUAUUGAAUCAUUGCAUCUCUAUCAGGAACAUUAAGCACCUCCAUGCAGCUCUGACCUAGGAAGCACCUGUAUUGGCCGUCUGAGUGACUGCCACUAGAGGUGUUCCUUAGCAGUAAUGGAAACACUGUCUUUUUUCUAAAAAGGCAGUGUUUACAGUAAAAAGCCUACAGAUACAGGCGUAAACACCAGAACAAUUAAGCUGUAGUUGUUCUAGUGACUAUAGUGUCACUCUAUGAAGAGUUUGAAUUAUGAGUUUUUUUUUACUGAGAACGAGUAGUGAGAAUAUUUCAGGAAAGCAUAUUCUUCUGUUUCUUUUUUGUCGCUUAUGUUUUUUAGUGGGCUGACUACCCAUUUUGCAUUACUGAGUCUGAGCCUGAAUAACAUAGAUACAUGCUGGUAUGGCAGAGCUACAUACUUGAAGAUCUUCAUUUUCCUUUAUAAAAAGUAAGAAAUUAUUUGUUUUUUCUUGCUCACAGUUGAUUUAAAGUUACUAGGAUGUCGCUCUGCUUUUUUACAUUUAGUAACCACCACCCGCUGUCCACGAGUGUCCUCCGCUGCUUUUUAUAUUUAUAGCCCUCACCCAAUGCAGUGUCUGGCGAGUCGCAAGUCUAUGUUUGGUAGGUGGGGGCACUAGGGAGGUUAAGAACCUUCUUUGUAGUAAGGAGGGAGGGGUCAUAUUGACCACAUAGGCUUAUCAUUUUUGUUUUCUAACUUUUUCAACGUGGUGGCUGGCUAGCAAACUCUGGGGUAUCCCUAACAUGGUUAAGCCUCGGGCUCUCGAGUGCUAUUUAAAUUUUUGUCUUCUGGCUGCCUGUGCUUCCAGCGGGCAAAUAGUAUUUAAAAUUGUUAGCUUGCAAACAGCAUGUGAAUGAUAAUUUGCAAUUGUGCAUCCUGCCAGAUGUAUUCAGAUCUCUGUUUUGUAGGGUUCCGAUGUGAAAAGCACUGACAGCAUCUGGUCUGGUGCAGAUUCUGUAAUUUGGUGUUUUUGAUGUUUGUUAAUAUGAAAGUUGCCAUUCCGAUUGUAAUAUGGCCAUUUUUACCGGAUUUGUCAGUCUGGAAAACAAAUUGUGCUUAGUGAAUAAUCCUGACAGUUUCACAGGUUUUACAAACUGACUCAAAAUGCACCAAUCAAAUGCUCUCUAUGUAUGUAAUUUGAUUGAAUAACGGUGCCUGACUCAGUUAUUCAGCGGAAGUGCCUCUAGUGACAGUCAGGAAGACAGCCAGUAGAGCUGGGUAAACCCUUCAAUCAUAACUUUGCUAUAUGUAUGAAAUUGCCAAUAUUUAAGAUUACAGGGUGAAGCCUAAUGGGCCACUGCUCCCAGACCACUUCAUUGAGAUAAUGUGGUGUGGGUGUUUUAGUGGUCUUUUAAAGAAUAUUGCAAACUGACCCCUGAAGGUGACAAUGUCGCUCUAUAGGAACACUGCAAGCACCAUAACACUAUAAUGCAUUGUAGUGCACCUCCUUCCCCUUUACAAGUAGUCAAACCAUUUUAGUAUGGUUUGAUUUUUAACCUGGGGGCAUCACUCUCUGACACUUCCGACAGAUGGCCAGAAGUUCUCUAUCUGAGCUAAGCCCUGCAGUGUCUUAUGAACGUUCGGCUCUCUGUAGGCAGUAGUGGAUGAGGAAUGGCACCCGGCAAACCUCAAACUGUAUAAAAUGUCACACUGUUCUAACAUACAUUCGGCGUUCAUGGGGCACUCACACCAUUAAUCAUUACAGUGCGCUGAAGUAGUGAUGGUGCUUGAAGUAUUCCUUUAAAGUGACUUUGCCACCUUGGGGGUUCUUUGCAUAGUUUGCGAUAUUAUUUAAUCCUUGCACUUUAUUAGUCUCUCUAACAACUUAUUUUUUAAAAAUAAAAACCAAACAUUAAUAGGCGAACCCCUUGGUUUAUCUCCCAACAAAUCAUUAAUAGGUAAACCCCUAAGUCUCCCAUCUAAUCCAGGUUUUGUGUCCUAUUAUUUUACUUUCCUUCCUUCUAAAGAAAAUGAUCACCGUAGUGUUUAUAUCAUGGUGACCCUAUCCUGUCUCUGCUUUAUUUCCUUUAUAUAUGCAUUAUUAUACAGGUCAUGUGACCUUCUUGUAAUUACUCAUUGAAUGUAUACACUCAGUUUUAUCAAUGCAAUGUCAGAUCACAAAUAGUAUUCAUAAGAUAGGCAUUAUUAUGUAUUUCAGAUUUGGACGGCGGGUUGUACUUCUGUGUUGUCUCCUGCAGAUCGCCACUAUGGGAAUAGGAGCUUCGCUCUCUCCCAACAUCAUGGUAUACUGCAUCUUCCGUUUUAUGACUGGCAUGGGAAUCUGUGGCUUAAUCAUUAAUGACCUCGGCCUCGGUGAGUCUCACAUGACCAAAUAGUACUCAGCUUAUUCUAUGAAUAGAAUUCUCUCUACCAUGCCAUAGAGUGGUGAAGAGCACUUUUAAAAGGGCUGAGGUAGUUGUACUUGUGAAUGCCAACCUGGGAGUCUAUGGUUGAGGAAAUGUGAUGGGGUAACAAAACCAAAGCAGACGAAAUGCAUAUAUCAGGAAAUGUACUAUUGAUUAAUAUCUGCCCGAUGCAUUCAUCUCUAAGUAAAUUUUCAUGAUGAGACUUACAAAAGAUAAUAAAUAUGACUUGUGUAAAUAUAUAUGUGCACAAUGGCCAUGUUUUUAAUGCUCAACAAAAUGUGCCAUUAAUUGCCAAAGCCACCGACUCAUCUUAAUGUGUGUAUACGUGUUUGUCGCAUGUGUGAAUGAGGCCAGCAAAAGGUCAGAAAAGCACUAGAUUGGCCGAAAGUACCUCGCCAAUGAUGAUCUGCUGGGUCAGAGCGGAACUGCAGCGAAAAAACGAUUUUCUGAAUUAAAGUAACUUCAUUAUUUGGGGAACACUGGGGGAGCCCUAAGUCAAAAAUGAAAAGGAACACACCAACAUUAGGAAAAAAUAAUAAAUUAUAUUAACAUAUUUCUCAAAGCGGUAAAAAAAUAUAAGUGGUGAUUAAUUUUAGGCAAACAGGAAGGAAUAAGAUAAAUAAGAAACAAUAAAGGACCUGCUUAAAUGAGUUCAGAACCCUGUUGAUGGAGCCAAGAACUAACACCAUUUGUUGUUGAUGGAGGGUGAUGUGAACGAUAAUGUGACGAAAGCAAAUUCGCCACUGGUUUUUGGAGAGGACUAAUAGCCAGCCUUUUGCCCAAAGACUAUGGGCCCUGCAAAAAGACAUGCUAAAAAGUGACUUCCAUGGGAAAAUAUGCCUCUUCCCCUUCCCCUCCCCCUUUUUCUUUUCCUAUUGUUUCUCCAGCAGGGCGUUGUCCCAGGGACACUGCCAGACCAGUUUAAACUGGCUGCCUUGUCCCUCCUCAAUCUUCCAUCAGCCCUUGCUGUGGUUUAACCCCAUGGUGAUCCAACUGUAUUCGUGAGAUCUGAGCGCUUUUCAGAUAUAUAGAGCGCUCAGAUCCAAGCUGUCUGGGGAUAUGUUGGACAUAUAGGUUAAACAUUGUAUUAUAUGAGUUAUGUAUUUUUAUGUGGGUUUUUUUUUUUAACAGUUUUUGACUUAGCGAUAUUUCCUGUACCUGGAGUUAAUUAAGUUACCACAGCCACUUAAGCCAAUUAUGUCCAGGAUAGAGGAGAAGAUAGACCAGCCGUACAGCCUAAAUCUGUGGAACUAUUUUGGGCAUGAAAGCCAUGCUUGCGGUCGGUCAAAAGAGACUUCCAGAAAACGUUUGAACCCCUGCUCUGAUCUGGGUGAUUUUUGGAUAUGUUGGUCACCCAGAUCAGGGCUAUCCAGGGAUGUAUAAUGUGGGUAUAUGUGGUGUUUUGUGAAAAGUGUGUUUUCUGCCUGUGGGUAAUUGAGUUAGUCCAUUGUUUCUUAAUUGUAUCACAGGCAGAGGGGAGGGUUUGUGCACAUUAUCUGGGAGUGUCUAUCUGUAUGUGGCGAAACCGGCCUCGCCACGUGUCCUUGGAGGGGGCUGCUUGCCCGCCUCUUGCCUUUGGACUAUGGACCAGACUUUAUGUGAAGUUAUUAACCCAGAUAGCUAUGCCAUGGAGCCCAUUCGUGUAGUUAAAGACUUCGGCUCCAUGGCAAUUGAACUGUGUGAAUAGGAUCUGAGCGCUAUUCGGUAGUUUUGUGCGCUCAGAUCCCAGCUAUCUGGGGAUAUGUGAAAUGUCUGUGUGUUUUUUUUUUGUCAAUCUUUCUUUUAUUGAGGCAUGUGGUCAUGGUGGUACAGAAUAAAGAGAGGGAGACUUGCAGGGGUUAUACAGGUUAGGAUCAUCAUAACAAAUUACAAAAUCUCCUAGGAUUAUCAUCCUCAUUUUAUAUUAUAUAAACAAGCUUAGAACAUUGAGUUGUGAAAACAGGUGGGCUGUAAUCUAUGUCUUAGUUAUCAAGCUUAAUUAAUGUAACGUUGAUACACCAAUUUAAAUGUGAAUAUAUCCUGCAAACAGGCUUGGUUCAUGCGUUAACUAGAUCAGCAGCAACAUAGAUAGUACCUAUAAUGCAGUAAAAACGCUAGCGACCCUAUUUAGCUAGUGCACCUGUACCUAUGUGAUGUCAAACAGUUCGUUUGUUCCCAGUAACCUGCUUGGGUAGAGUCGCUUAUUAGUAUAUAGUGGUUGCGCCUAAGGUUAUAGAUAUUCUGUGCAGUGAGUUACAUGAGUGAAUAAUGACAUCCUUUGUGGUAUAGACAUUGCAGUGUAGUCUGGCACAGUCUCUACAUUUGGGCCUGUAGGGGUACAGUCAGUCUCUGGGUCGGUCCACCUCAGUCAGUUGAUGCCGGCUCUGGAGGUUUUGGCAGGUGGGUCUGGGACAUUGGCAGGUGUUGUUCUUAACAGGUUUAGAUUAAUAAAUCAGGUACAGUGGGGUGUUUCAGUAUGUGUGUAUAGAUAGGGCAUGUGUCAGGGUUAUGGCAUGUGCUGGGUAGGCUAGGUACCAGAUGUGAUUUGUUGCCAUGCUUGGCGGUCCCAUAGUGUGGCGUUAAGAGUGCUCAUUAGUAUUUAGGGGAGUAACAUUGAGAGAGCUGCACCUGGCUAGUGUUUAGGAAACAGUGUACAUUCUUUAUGUGAUAGGCUUUCAUGCCCUUUGUGAUAUUGCUUGGACAGAGUUAUCUCUCAGGUCUAGUGAGUGUGUGCUACAUCUGUGUUUGUCAUGUUACCUGCUUAGCAGGGUGGAAGACAGGUAUAACAUUACGCUCAAUGUCCACAAGUGUGUCCAGCCGCCCAGUAAAUCUUGCAGUCUUUCUAUUAUGGAAUGGGGGGGGCUAGUAUUAUGACAGUGUCCCAUUGCAGUGAGUUCACUAGGCCCCAUCAAGGUCGUUUACCCGAUGCCUUCUUUGUAGAAGCUGUGUGUGUCCGGUGCUGGGUUUCUGCGUCCUGCCGCUGUGUGGGUGUCAGUGAGAUUAUCCUUCCAGCCCCAGGCUGGCGUGCAGGCCUGCAUCUUCUGGCCACAAACUCGGCUACCGCUAGGGCCCGGGUUUCCUCCACGUGUGGGAGUGGCGGAGGAGCAGGUCGUUUUCUUUCGCUUGCGAUGCUUGUUCCUCCGCCCGUGUGGAUGAUGCUUCUGGGCUCUCUGCCCUUUGGCCUGCAGCCCGGGUGGGCUAGGUUGUGUGUGGGUGGGUAGUUGAGGUGACGUUAUGUCCAAGGACUUUCCCUUUACUCCCCUCCAUCCGCGGCUCCGCUCCCCAAUUGUCGGUAGUGCAGGUAUCAUGGGUCGGGCUGCUUGUUGCCGCUUCAUGAGUGUGUCCCAGAAGCAGUUCAGUAUCGCUUCUACGCUCUGUAGGGGUUCAUUCCGUGGCGUUGGUGUCCGUUUCGUGUUCGCCAUGCGGGUUGCGUUGCUGGCCGCCAUUUUAGGUACUCCCUGUGAGGGCCUGCAGCUUUGCGCUUUAGGAUUAAUCUUGUGCUGCUGUCUCGGCUGGUUGCUAUAUGAGUCAAGUGGGGACCGGGAUGACCCCCGCCGGUCCAGAGGGGGGGGGGAAGGAGGCGAGUGCUUUGAGGGCUUCUUACUUGGCUUUACCAUCCAGGAGAGCGGCCGUCUCUCCCUGGCUCGGUCACAGGUAGGCCCCAUGUGCUUUGUACGGGUUCCCGGGCAGUGUAGAUCUCGUUUGUGGGUUCAUUCGAUGCUCCCGGGUUUCCCCGACUCGUUGUGUGUCUUCCAGUUGGUGAACGUGUCUGUUUUCGGGGUAUUUACCCCCAGUUUAGUCGCUUUUGUGCAGGAGCUGAUUCACAGCACGUCUGACCUGCUCAGCAGUUAGGCUCCGCCCCCCAAAUGUCUGUGUGUUAUGUGUAAAUGUGACUUUAUGUAUUUUAAAGUGUUUUGUGUCUUUUUGCAACCAUGUGCUUAAUGGAGUCUUGUGUCUGUCCUGGGAGAUAAUUGAAUUACUUAUCUCCAGGAUAGAAGACUCUGAAACUGGUUUGGGCCAGAAAGCCAUGCUUCAUUUAGUCACAAAGGACUUUUUACUAACUUUUGAACCCCUUGUCUGAUUUGUGCCAUUUUUGAAUAUGUUGUUCCCCUGAAUGGAUUGAUUGUGAAUAUGUAAUUUUAUGUGAAUGUGAUGUAUGGUUUUAGAGUUAUGAAAGUUGGGUAGAAAGUAUGUUUUAACUGUAUGUAUAAUUGAGUUUCCUCUCAGGAUAAGGGGAGGAAAUAUGUGGGAUGUAACUGUGAUGUGAUUGGUUGUUUUAUACCUCCCUGUGGGCGGUCCUGUAUUUGCAAGACUGUAAUAAAAACCAGGCUGGGUGUGCCAGCACCUGAGUUCCUGUUUUAACCCUCAAAGUGAAGUGUCGUCUCAUUAUUGGGGAAGGAUUUAUUGUAUGCUGUUCCAGUUUGACUGCUAGGAGAGUAAACCUAUUCGUAUGGUUCCUAUUCAACUGUCUACAGCAUUCAUAUGCUUGAGAGAAGGUAUACGCUUCUCUGGUUCAGUGAUUUUGGUGUCUGCUGCAGUGCUUGGAGUCCUCAGGAAGUGCUAGGAGCAUCCUUUAACGGAGGUACCCAGUCGGGGUGCCAGGCGAUCCGUUACACUGUACAAACCUGUUUUGAUUGGCUUUGUAACUUUGUGUCCUGUGCUCCACAAGGUCCACGUGGGUGGUAACCUUGUGGGAAAACCUGUAUAAAAGAGACAAUAAACACUCAGACUGCUGAGUUCCUGUUUCACCCUCAACAUAGAGCCUCGUCUCAUGUGUGGGGGAAAAGGCUGCAUCUACACUGGGGGAUUGCUAUACUCUGUAUACUCCCCAGGGCUAUAAUCACUAAGCUCUUUUAAGAGCUUGUUCCUGCUUUGCUCUCUGAAGGAAGAGAGGUUCACCCACUGGAACCUGGAGCCUUGUCGUAGGUCCAGGUUGGGUAGGAUACGGUGAGUUACCAGCCAAGCUGCGGCGGUUCGUGGGAUCUGCAGUGCUUAUUGUUUCUGAUGCGGUGCUGAUGGUCCUUGGUAAGCACUAGGAGCAUCGAUUGACGGAGGGUCCGUCACAGAUAAUAUUUAUUUAUUGGCCAGUUUUAAGAGCCACUUGAGGAAUUGUUUUCAUCUUGACAGUCAUACAUGUUUAUCAGAGUUAUCAGAGUUAUUUAAUAGCACAUUGCCUGGAAUUCAAAGAGAAUUAAAAAGUAAUUUUAAAAUCUAAAACCUAUGUAGCAAUAGAAGCAGAGCUGACUUGGAGAAUUAUUCCGGAUUAGCUUUUUUUCCCCAUAGAUUUGAAAUUUACUUUGAAUCCCUAGCAAUUAUCACUUUAGCGCAUAAACCUGCAUGAUCUAAAGAUUGUAUGAAAUAAAUAAUCGAGAAAUACAAAGUUACAGAGUUUCCAUGCCAUGAUUAUUAGAGCCAGAUUUUGGUCCAGGCUACUUGGGCACUGGUGUCGUUCUCCUUCUGAUGAAACCAAUAUGCAGAUGAAUCAGGGACGUUAUUUAACCCCUUAAGGACACAUGACAUGUGUGACAUGUCAUGAUUCCCUUUUAUUCCAGUAGUUUGGUCCUUAAGGGGUUAAAAGCGCAUGAAACAUUUUUAAAGUGACUUUUAAAGCUCAGCAUGCAGGUUUCUUCAUGAAAGAUCUUCAUAAAGAAUAGAGAAAAACAUCUUUAGUGUUGGUGUUACAAAACUAAAACCUAACCUUUCUGUUGCAGCCAUGGAGUGGACUCCCCAAAGAUUUCGCCCAAUGGUUUCCAUGCUUCAAGGUUACUGUCUCUCGAUAGGGCAGACUAUCCUGGCAGGUGUGGCAUAUGCGCUAACAGACUGGCGUUGGCUGCAGUUGGCACUGUCCCUACCUUACUUCAUCUUCUUUAUUCUUGUCUGGUACGUUCCUAUUUAAAGAGAAGUAGAGCAACACAAUACAAUAGAGUUCAAAUAUAGGAGAAAGCUGAAGCAGCCAGAGAAGGAUUAAUAUUCCAUGGGGUACUUGGCAGGUUUGAGGCCCACCUUCAUGGUCAAUCCUGCUCUGGAAUCUGCACAGAAUAGUGGCUUCAUGUUGGUAAACAGUGAUUACUAUCUACAAUUAGUGCUGAACAUGUAUUGUAAGUGAGGACAUGAGGAUAAAAUCAAAAGAAGAUAGAGGAUAGCUGCAGAGAAAUGAAAGAAAAAUAAAGUGCAACCAUUAUGCAAAGAACGUGAACCUUUUUUCAAGUUAAACAAAUAACCAGAGGUUACCUGUCACAGCAGAGUUUGUAGGUGUAAGACAAUGUGUUGUCAUUUUAUAUAGUUGCAGUUAAAAAUGAAAGAGGAAAAGACAAAAGCAUAACAUCAAUGCAAUACCUUUUAUUUCUACGGGGAGUAAAAAACAGUAAAUAUAUACUUUUUAUUUCUACAUAAUUUAACUUUUCCCUCUUACCCAAUUUCCUUUCCCUCACUGCUUGCCUGUGGUAUGAAAGGUGGGUACCAGAGUCUUCUCGCUGGCUUCUGCUGAAGAAGCGUACACAUCAAGCACUUACUAACUUAAAUCGUGUGGCCAGGAUCAAUGGAAAGAAAGGGGACAGUACUAUCACGCUAGAGGUAACAGCUAUGGCAUUUGAUUUUUACACAGGUGUAACUAGAAACCAAUGGGCCCAGCGCAAAAAAUUCCCUUGUCCCUUCCCAAUGUGUCUCAUCCCCACCCAGAUCUUCAAUGUGUCUCACCCCCGCAUCCCCACCUAGCCCUUCCAUGUGUCUCAUUCCCCCCUUUCAUGUGUCUCAUCCCCACCUAGCCCUUCAAUGUCUCACCCCCCCAUCCCCACCUAGCCCUUCCAUGUUUCUCAUCCCCACCUAGCCCUUCAAUGUCUCACACCCCCCAUUCCCACCUAGCCCUUCCAUGUGUCUCAUUCCCCCCUUUCACGUGUCUCAUCCCCACCUAGCCCUUCAAUGUCUCACCCCCGCAUCCCCACCUAGCCCUUCCAUGUGUCUCAUUCCCCCCUUUCAUGUCUCAUCCCCACCUAGCCCUUCAAUGUCUCACCCCCCCAUCCCCACCUAGCCCUUCCAUGUUUCUCAUCCCCACCUAGCCCUUCAAUGUCUCACACCCCCCAUUCCCACCUAGCCCUUCCAUGUGUCUCAUUCCCCCCUUUCAUGUGCCUCAGCUCCCUUCCACAUGUCAAUUCCCCCUCCAGUCCCUUCCAUAUGUAAAUUUCUCUCCCAGUCCCUCCAUGUGUCUCAAUUCCCCUGAGUCCCCUCCAUGUGUCAAUUCCCCCACCAGUCCCUCCAUGUGUCUCAAUCCCCCCUGUCCCUUUCAUAUGUGUCAAUUCCCCCAGUCCCUUUCAUGUGUUGAUUCCCCCCAAAUUCCUUCCAUGUGUUUAUCCCCUAUUCCCCUCUGUACCUGUUCUGUGCUGUCCAUGUAGCGUGGCCGAGUGGACUGCGGUACCCGAUCUGACAGGUAGUGCUCUAUCGGUGAGUACUUCCUGUUAGACCAGGUAGAGGGAAACAGAGGCCCCACUACUCCUCUCCUGCCGGUCACCCUGUGGCCGCGAACCUGGGCCGGUGCAGCUGUGCACCAUCCCUGAAGUGAAGGGUCGCAGCUGCAGCCAGGCCCCCUGGAGUGACUUGGUGUAACUAUGUAACUUGGUGGUCGCAGCUGCCACGCCUGCGACCGUGGUAGUUGUGCCACUGUUCCUACCUUUAUGACAAUAUUUUAUCCUAGUUAUGAUCAGCUAAUGUUGUUUUUCAGUACAGUUGCCAUUCAUCCAUUUUCUCACCCUCUUAGUGUUAUUCACUAAAGUGUGAAUUCAAAGUGAAUUGCAAGUGGAUUUCAAAUUUAAGGCCAGAGUAGCCGAACUGGAACUAUAGCUAAUUUAGAGAAUUUUUCCAGUUCUUUAAUGUGGACCUCAAAUUUUAAAUUUACUUUGAAUUCUCUCCUUAGUGAAUAAUCCUGUCUGUUUGAUUUGCCGCUCUACUCUCAAAUCACUAUCUAUCAUCAUGCUUUAAUUUAGAUGGUGAAGCUUGAAGAACAAAAAGAUAGUCCUACACGGAAUAAUAAACUGACGCCCAUCGACUUGUUCCGUACCCCUGCAAUGCGCAAAAUAACCAUUAGCCUCUGUAUGUCCUGGUAAGUAGUGUACAUCUUUAUCUACCUAUCUAUAUGUCUGUCUAUAUAUCUAAUUGGAUGUCUGGUCUACUUUUUAUGUCUCCUCACUCCUACCAACCAGUAAACUCUCUUCCCAAGGUUCUCCGGCAGCUUCUGUUACUUUGCUCUUGCAAUGGAUAUCCAACGAUUUGGCCUCAGCAUAUACUUGGUUCAAGUUGUAUUUGGCUGCACAGAAAUCCCACUCAGGGUUCUGAGUACCGCAACUGCUGCUUACAUCGGCAGGCGAUUCACAGUGUUCUCCUCCCUUUUCCUAUCUGGGGUCUUUAUACUUGCCAGCUUGGCUGUCCCAGCAGGUAAGUCCCAGGCCUAGAACUGUUUUCCAUAAUUUAAUCCCUUCCUGAUGUUAGGACAUAGCAUACCGUCCUGCAGUUAGUCGGCUUAAAUGUCUGUAGGAUGUCAUUGAAUGCCCUGCAGAUUAAUGUGAGCAGGGUUAAAUUUCGGUGUCUCCCGUCCAGUUCUAGUGGCCCCAGACUUUUUGAUGAGCUUUAGCUAUCUACUAAACACAGAUCCCUCUCUAAUUUGGUACCCUUAAAUAUGGCAAUCAUAUAUGUAUACAGAAUGUAUGUGCUAUAUGUAUGUAUAUUGUAUAUGCCUUAUGUUGAUAUAAUGUAUAUGCUGCAUGUACGUUGCAUGUAUAUGCCACGUGUAUGUAGCAUGUAUAUGCUGCGUGCAUGUAGCAUGUAAAUGCUGCGUGCAUACAUAAUGUCAGGUUUACUUACUAAAGUGAGAAUUCAAACUAAAUUGCACAUGUCUAUUCAUUGGCACAUAUCUAUUUUUCAUGUGAUGGAUAGUGUUGGACUAAAUAGCCAGUAGACGGUCAGCUGCUUUUCCUUGGAAUCAUUUGUUGUUAUUAAUCUGGUAAAUCUAGUUAGCCACUCUGUGGUCUGAUCCAUCUCCUUCCAGAACAUUCCAAUGCUGAUUUUUAUAUCCGUAAAUUGUGACAAUCUAGGCAAUAUUUUGUCACUUCCAGCUCCCUUACUAAUGUGACUUUUCUCACUUAACCUAAUGCUAUGGAGAAAAAAAGCACUAAUUAUUUAGCCUCCAUUGCUUGGUAUUGGUAUUAAUAUUUUACAAUAUUUUUACCAAUCCUUUCACUUUGUAACUUGCCCAGCUUGGGUCUGACCAGACUGUUUCACCUGCUGGAAUAGUUAGAUAAUCCAGAAAAUAACUUUGCAUAACACUCUGCAUACUCAAAAGCCAUUAAGAUGAACCAGCAAUAAAAGGUGUGGGUACAGGGAGCCAGAAAGUGCAAUCAAUACAUUAUCUGUGGGUGGAGUGCCUGCCAUCUAACACUGUUCUAUAGUGGAAAAAUGCCAAACCAGUAAAAAUUUCAACAAAGAUAAUUGAGAUAACAAGUACUCAAUCAAAAAAUUGUGGUAGCUCCAAAAAACAGUCAUAUAAGCUAUAUAAACAUAAUGAUCCUUAACACAUAUCAGAAGAUGUAUAUAGGGGUUACACUCUCAGUGCUGGAAUCCUCCCAGUAGUCAAAACAUAACUUCAUGCAAAGAAAAAAAUUUUUGAUCUGCACUUAUAGUAUACAAGAAAUUUUUUUGAAAAAAAUGCACAUUUAUUGAGGUAAAAAAGUCACAAAAAGUGUACAUUGCAUAAAUUUAGAACAGCAGUCCUCAUGUGUGCUGUAAUGGUCCAAACAUAUAGCCUGUCAUUAAAGGACCACUAUAGUGCCAGGAAAACAUACUCGUUUUCCUGGCACUAUAGUGCCCUGAGGGUGCCCCCACCCUCAGGGUCCCCCUCCCGCCCGGCUCUGGAAAGGGGAAAGGGGUUAAAACUUACCUUUCUCCAGCGCCGGGCGGAGAGCUCUCCUCUCCUCAUAAUGCUUUCCUAUGGACGCUGGCGUACUCUCACUGUGAAAAUCACAGUGAGAAGCACGCAAGCGCCUCUAGCGGCUGUCAGUGAGACAGCCGCUAGAGGAAAUAGAGGAAGGCUUAACCCAUUCAUAAACAUAGCAGUUUCUCAGAAACUGCUAUGUUUAUGAAAGAAUGGGUUAACCCUAGAUGGACCUGGCACCCAGACCACUUCAUUAAGCUGAAGUGGUCUGGGUGCCUAGAGUGGUCCUUUAACAUGGAACGCAAAUAACAUAUGAUACAAAAAAUCCAAAACCUGUGCUCAGGACCACCCUCAGCUGCUGAACAAGGGGGAGACCACCAAGAAAGCUGACUCCGAAGAAAGUUAUGGAAGCCCUAGAUGCGUUUCGCACCCCUCCUGGUGCUUUCUCAACAUGUGUUCUGUGGGUGGUCUACCUAUGAGUGCUGAUCAAUAUAUUUUUUCAUUGCAUGAUAGAUGCCAAACCAAGCUGGGUAGUUGCAACUUGGCCAACAGGAAAGAACCUUGAGCAGAUAUUGGUAUGGCCUUCAGUCACAGGUAGAACUCCAUAUUUCUAGAUGAUAGUAGGCUUGAGAUAAUAGUGAUAGGAUGCUUCAUAUGACUCCCAAAACAUUUCUUUCAUAGGUGAUGCUUAUGUGGUUAUGGUAAUUGGGCCCUAACAACUUAACAUACAUGCAGCAUUUAUUCUGGGUUUCCUUAAAAUGACUAACUAACUUGAAGCCACGCUACAUGACAUCACAGAACAGCAGCUGUAAAACUUUAGAAGGAUACUAUAGUCACAAAAACAACUUUAGCUUAAUAAAGCAGUUUUGGUGUAUAGAUCAUGCCCCUGAAGUUUCACAGCUCAAUUCACUGCCAUUUAGGAGUUAAAUCACUUUAUGCAGCCCCAGCCACACCUCAGCUGGCUGUAACUGACACAGCCUGCAUGAAAACAAAUUGGAUUCAUUUACAAUCAGAUGUAAAUUACUUGUUUUUAUCUCUUCCUCUGUAAAUUGAAUUUUAAUUACAUACAGGAGGCUCCUGCGGGGUCUAGCAAGCUAUUAACAGAGCAGGAGAUAAGAAAUUAUAGAUUAAAUUUUUUUUUCCAAUAAAGGUGUAAACAUUAGAUGACUCUUUACAGGAAGUGUUUAAGAAGGCUGUGUAAAGGAGGUGUCAUUAGGGCUACAUAAACAAAGUGAUUUAACUCCUAAAUGGCAGAGAAUUGAACACUGAGACUGCAGGGCAUGAUCUAUACACCAAAACUGUUUCAGUGAGCCCAAGUUAUUUUGGGGACUAUAGUAUCCCUUUAAGACGCAGGCUAAACUAUUAACCUGGGAUCACUACAUACAAUAGAUUUACUUCUGAUUAUGCAGACAUAUAAAAACGUGCAUGUUUUGCAUUUGAUCUAAUUGUGUUGUACUAUAUAAUUUCUCAUUAAUUUACCUUUAGACAUGCUCAUUCUACAGAUGACUUUCAGCAUCCUAGUCAGAGGAUUUCUUGGUUCUUAUUUUGUAUGUGGCUAUCUCUAUACAGCUGAACUCUACCCCACGGAGCUCAGGUAAUCAUGAUAACUACAUUAUAUCCAUGAUUUAUCUGUCAAUUAAAUUCAGUUAUCAAUAUUUAUGUUUGGUGUUUUCAUAAUUUUGAAACACUUGUUUAAGUUCAUCAAGAACUAAAGAUUGCGUUCAACCAAUGAAGGCUCCAUUGGCGUUCUUUAUAAAUAAAACCCAUGUGCUUGUAAAUGAUCUGUGAAAUUGAUACGGUAGGAUUCUUUGUUUGCUCCAUAAUACACCGUUUUCAAUGAUGCCAGAGGGGUUAAUUGAAUGGGAGAAAAGUUUGAAACAAACUUAACACAUAAUGGUGGGACCAAUACCAUCAACUGGGUGGACAAAUUGUACAAUGCGUAUGAUGCAUUCACAAAAACAAAGAUUUCUGUAUUUUAUACAGGUUGGUAAUGUCAAACUCCUACGUAUAUGAGCUAGAUCCACGCAGUGUUUACUUAGUUGACUCAUUUGUCGUCUUGUUUGAAGAUGACGAUGGUCUCUUCCUGUGAAAAAGACAGCGUGAUAAUUAUAAUAAUACUAUUAAUAGAAUUAAAUCAAGGUAGUAUGACAUCAAUAUGCCAACAUUUUGUAAAAAAGAGUUAUAUAACAGAUUGCAAGGAAGCUUUAAAAACGCAUUAUUUUUCUGUGUAAGACUAAAUGUAUGAUAAGUGUUAUAGCCCAUUUUAUUUGUGUAGUUAAUCACAUACCUGCCACAUUCUUAGGUUAUUUGGUUAUUUGUAUAUCCUUUUUGAAAGACUACUACAAACCUGUUCUGUAAGAUUACCAUAGUUACCAUGACAUUUAGUGCCCAGGUACUUGAUGAAAAUACCCUUGGGCACCUGGGCAAGUUUUAUCAGGCCAAAUGAUACUUUAAAUGGCGGCUUCCUUGACUGUAACUAUUGGGCUAUAAUGUUGCACCUUCCAGUUUUCAGAGUGAUUGGAGGAUUCUCAUUCUUAUUUGACAUUCUUUAUUGUUGCAGUGCAUGCGUAUACAAACAAACCUAUAGUAACAUAUCUACAAGAAUAUAGUAGACAAAAGAAGUAAUGAGUAUAUCUGACAUGUCAAGCAUGUGUACUUAUUUCUUUUUUUUGGGGGGGGGGGUGUUAAGACAAGAUAAUUCAAACAAGUGUAUGUCAAAUAAUAUCCAGGAGAAAGUAAAAGUACAAGCUUGCUGGUCUAGCCGACAACACUAAGUAGGGUACUGUCAGGAUCGUGACAGGGAUCCAAUACGCAGAGUGCGGACAGGAAGAGGUACCGUAUAUACUCGAGUAUAAGCCGAGUUUUUCAGCACAUUAUUUGUGCUGAAAAACCCCAACUCGGCUUAUACUCGAGUCAGUGUCUGUAUUAUGGCAAUUUACAUUUAUUUACAUUGCCAUAAUACAGACUGGGGGCUGGCAGCGAGCACUUACCUCUCCUGCAGCUCCUGUCAGCUCUCUCCUCCUCCGCGCCGGUCCGUGCAGCUCUUCUCUCAGCUCCCAGUGUAAGUCUCGCGAGAGCCGCACUAUGACCCCGCGGCUCUCGCGAGACUUACACUGGGAGCUGACCGAGGUGCUGACCGGACCGGCGCGGAGGAGGAGAGAGCUGCAGGAGCUGCAGGAGAGGUAAGUAACAGCUCACUGCCAGCUCCCCUCCUCCCCCCACUGAACUGCCAAUGCCACUGGACCACCAGGGAAGGAGAGCCCCCCUCCCUGCCAUGUAUCAAGCAGGGAGGGGGGACAAAAAAAAUAAAUAAAUAUAAUAAUAUAUAAAUAAUAAAAAUAAUAAUAAAAAAAUAAUAUAACAAAAAAAUCAAAAUAAUAUUAAUUAUUAAUAUAUAAAUAUAAAUAAUAAUAAAAAAUAAUUAAAAAAAUAAUAUAACAAAAAAUUUAAAUAAUAUUAAUUAAUAAUAUAUAAAUAAUAUUAAAAAAAUAUUAUAACCAAAAAAAUUAAAAUAAUAAAUAAUAAUAUUAUUAUUUUUUAUUUUUUUAUAAAUAUGCCCACCCCCCACCAAGGCUCUGCAACACAAACACACACUGCAUCACACACACACACUGCAUUCAUACACACACACACUGCAUUCACACACACACACUGCACUCAUACACACACACUGCACUCAUACACACACACACUGCACUCAUACACACACACACACACUGCAUUCAUACACACACACACACUGCAUUCAUACACACACACUGCAUUCAUACACACACGCACUGCACUCAUAUACACACUGCAUUUAUACACACACUGCAAAUAAAUAUUCAAUUAAUAUAAUUUUUUAGGAUCUAAUUUUAUUUAUAAAUUUACCAGUAGCUGCUGCAUUUCCCACCCUAGUCUUAUACUCGAGUCAAUAAGUUUUCCCAGUUUUUUGGGGUAAAAUUAGGGGCCUCGGCUUAUAUUCGGGUCGGCUUAUACUCGAGUAUAUACGGUACGUAUACCGGACCUUAGAAUGGCCGGACUAACGUAUAGACAAGACAAGAAUGGUCAAAAGAUAAGCCGAGGUCGAGGGAGCCGGAGGACAGGUAAGCGAAGAACAAGCCGAGUCUAAGGAGAGGAGAGAGAAGCAGGACAAAGUACAAGCCAGGUCAAAACCGAAAGACACAAUAAGAGGAACGCGCUGAGUGACUAGCAAGCUAGAACCAUGACAGGGCAAUGAGUAGUAGUACAGGCUUCCCUUAAAUACCCUGUCACCUUAAUUGAUAACCACGCCCCCAAAAGGUCCGGAAUUGCCGUUUCUGGCGGUUCACGUCGAUGAUGACGUCAUGACGUCGACUAUUGGCCGUCGCGUCAUAAAAGGGGGAGGAGCUAGCGCGGCCGGCGUGAAAACGGCCGAAAAUGCCGAAAUGCUUGUGCAUAGGAGCCGCUUUGGAGGAGAGACUGUCCAGGUGCCUGGCCUCCUCAGAGGUGGAAAUUACAGGUACCAUGACAGGUACUUGAGUUAAAGCCCACCAGGUGACGGUAUCAUUAGGAUUAGCACUAGGUGAUUUAACUGGUGAGUAUUACAAAACAAAAUAAGGUAAUGGAAAUAAAGUAUUAUAACAAGCUUAUAUCACAUAGAGAAAUUGCCACUGAGUACUAGCCACAACGAAAGAGCAAUGCAAUGUAACACAAAAAAAAAAAAAACACAUUAUGCAACAUCUGCUCACUAGAAAUUAAUAGUUUGAAAAGAGAGAGGCAGAUAGGCUUCCAAAAAAGAAAAAAUAAGCCUAUGCACAUCAUUUGUGUGUUGUGCCCUGGUAUGCGGUCGAACACAAGCCCCGCAAUGCAGCCACCCACCAACCCCAGACAGUAGCAAAGUCCAGCAACCAGGUCUCACGAGGUCCAGCACAGAUUGUAACCAAGACGUGCCCGUGGGGAUCUCCCACAGGUUGUUGACUUUUUUGUAGAGUUUGUGGACCCUCUGAAUGCGUGACAAACAACUACAAUUAGUAAGUUAAUUUACCUAUAAGUAUGCAUGCCUCUCAGGUAAAGCCACCACAAAAAUUGUGACAUUGGUAUUUGUAAGUCCCUGAUAAGGUUAAAGAAAUAGAUGUGCCUUGGAAAAGUUUAUCUCAUUUGAAUGUGCCUUGGUGAAAAAAAUGGUUGGGAACCACUGCCCAGGACUCCCAUGAUUGAUGAAAUGGGUAUUAAGACUUCUAUAAAGGAUAGGUCACAGUUGCUUCUACAGAGGAGUCGGUGACCUACUACAUGGUUAAAGAAAGGCACAAAAUUGAGUUUUUGGAGAUUAGUAAGUGCUUGGUGUAUCACUGAGGCUUUGGAUCUAUGGCAUCCUCUCCCACUUGUAGCUUUUACAGUCUCUGAUAAUAAGCUACACCUACAAAUGAAUAAUGUUAUGAUUGUUGCUUUGCAAUCUAUCUAAUUAUUUUGCUCCCUGGCUACCUAAUAAAGCCGAGAUCAUGGUUUUGUUUUUUAUCAGUUGGUUACUCUGUGUGCAUUUGUCCCAUCGUACUCAUUGCUCUAUUUGUAAGGAGUCAAAACGUUUUGACUCUUCCCGCUUCUACUACCAUGGAAUCUGGCAGGAGCUUCCAUCAGCUGAUCACUUUCAGCCAGUGAGUUAAACCCUGCAUUGUAGAGCUUAGCUCAGGACAGAUAAUGGAUGUUCUUUCUUCGGAAUGUCUGUUAUCCAUCCAUGGUAGUGAAAGCAGGGAGUGCAGCCAGACCCCAGUUAAGAAAAUCAAACCAUUCAAAAAUGCUUUGGCUUCUUACAGUGGGACAGCUUCAGGACACUCGGCAGUGGUUAUGGUGUCUGGAGUUUUCUUUUAACAUCAGCGGUUUUUAUUUCCUGUCCUAUUUGCUAUGAGUUAGCACAGCUAUCGUAAUGUGCUAACGUGAAUUGAUCUCAGAAAAUUUUGGUAAGUAUGAAAAAGUCUUUAUUCUUGCGUUUACUGACUAAGAAGUGAACUGUGGUAUAUUGAAAAUGGAUUGGAAAAUGGGUGUAAACUCUGGUUUGGAGAAUUUUUCCAGCGCAACCACGAAAUUCUGCUUUCAAUUCGCUUUUGUGUUUAGUGAAUAAACCUUACAGGGCUCUUUAUUAAAAUGUGGAUUGAUCAGAGAACUGCAAAUGUUAGUUAAGAUGAAUAAUUAGCUGAGUUGGAGAUUUAUUUAUUUUUACCCAAACCAGCUACCUAGGUUUACAAUGUGUGAUUUUUUUAGCAAUUCUGCAUUAUUCCCUUGUUUACUAAAUAUCACCGAGAGUGUAUUCAGCUGACAUAAUAACCCACCCCCACCUAAUGCCGGAUAAUGUUACUCAGAGACAAGAUAAUGUUUGUAAGAUGCUGUUAAAUAAUGCACACAUUGCUACUGAAAGGCAAAGAAUAGUCUGUUUCACUAAUGACAACCAAACUAUUCUUAUCAGGGAGAUAACAUUUCGUAUCACUAAUGCAAUCUAUUGCAAAAUCUCACUUAACAUUUAAUAGCAAAGUAUAGUUUCAUUAGUGUGCCAGAGAUACACGAAGAGCCACUUUAUUUCGGUAAGGUUUUUUUCACUAAACAAUUAGUCGGUGUGGAGCUCAAAAAGCUAAAAUUCAGGCUAAAUUUUUUUUCCAAAUGAGCUAAUCUAGCCUUAAUUUUGCAGAUAAUUAAAUGGUUCACUACUUGUCAUCCUCCUUACAACUUAAGCACUUUUUAAAUAGUAUAAAAUUCUAUUUGCACAUUGUGAUAGCAGAUUUGCUAGCAAAUUUAUUGAUUGGGAGAAAAACCUAUUAACUACCAAAAUAUGAUUUUCUCCCUCUUUUUUUGUGUUUGUGCUUAGACAAAGUUGCACAAAUCUCAUAUUACCAGCCAGGAAGAGAGUAUGUUGGCUGGUUAAUUUAAAGUUUAGAGAAGUGGCCAUACACAAAGGAAAAGUAUCUCCAUAAUAAAACCUUUUUAGAAAGAAAAACUGCGGGGACAGUCUUUGCAAUACAACCACCUCAAUAAUAUUAAAUGGUUAUGGCGAUUAGAUUGACCCUUCAAAUUCAGUUUUAGGAAAUAAACCCACCAAUGGAUGAAGCAUCAGUGUUCAGUCAUCUUUUUUCCUCCCAGCAUCUUUCCUGAUUGGCUGGACUGCUUCCUGCUGUGGGAGUAAAAAUAACUAAUGUGGAGAUUAUUUCAGUUUAGGUAUUUUGACCUAAAAUUUACAGUUCUGUUGCCUAUUCUCCACGACUUCCGAUAGUGAAUAACCUCAAUUUUUUUUUUCUACAGACAGACAGGCAUGGGAUUCACCAACAUGAUGAUGAGAUUGGGUGCUGUGGUCUCACCUCUAGUGACGAUGACAAAAGCGUAUAUGUCGUUUCUACCUCUUUUGAUAUUCGGUGUGGUGUCCACUGUAUGUUCAAUACCCCUUCUGUUUCUACCAGAGACACUCAACUCUCCCCUUCUCGACACAGUGGAGGAAGUAGAGAAAGGGUAUGUAUAGAAUGGAAGCUACUCCCGAAACAGUGAUACAGAGUCUUCACUUCCACACUUCCCAAUGGUAUUUAAUCCAUAGAAUCUGUAAUGGACACAAAAACAACAUAACGUUAGUACAGUCAUGUAAGGGUUUAUUCACUAAACUAAUUGUUGCAAACUUAAAUCCUAAUGGCAUAGCUGCGGCACAAAUAGCUAAUUUGGAAAACAUUCUCCCCCACAGCUAUCAUUAUAGGGAUUCUAUAGUGUAACUCUAUCUCUAACACUAUAGUGCCCUCUGGUGCCCCCCCACACUGCAUGUAAAGGGUUGAAAAAAAACCUUUGUUUACAGUGCAGGUGUCCCUUGGCGCUGGGUUGGUGCUCCGUCUCAUCUAACGUCAUCCACAGGGUAGUUAAUGUGCACACACGGUGAGCACAUUAGGCCUUCCCCAGAGGAAAGCAUUGUCUCAAUGGGAAAUCUUAUGGAGAUUUCACUGACCCUGGAUGUCCUCAUGCUGAGUGUGAGGACAUCCAGCAUCAGUUAGCAACCUGGACUCUGUUAACAUUCAGGAAGUGGCUGUCUGACAGCCACUAAAGGCAGUCUUAGUCCUGCAAUUAUUGUAAUUUCUCUAAAACUGCAGUGAUUUACAUUGCAGAACUAAGCGGGACUGGGACACUGCACUCAGACCACUUAAAUGAGCUGAAGUGGUCUGGGUGACUAUGGUGUCCCUUUAAAGUGUUUCUAUAACCCUUUGAGAGGUGGGGACCUUUCCGGUGUAAUAUUACACUUUUUAUGUGCUGUUUGUGAAUAUAUAAGUGAUAUGUGUCCGUGCAACACCUGGGAUUUGAACCCAAAGGAAAACCCGAUGACCCCCACACUACCAGAGAGGUGGGGAUGUGUCAUGAGAUAACACUGCCUUUUCAUGUUAUAACUCUUUCUCUCUAACCAUAACCAAUAUGCUGCUGUUACUCUCCUGGAUCUCAGUGGAAGUAUAGAUGGAAAUACGCUACUGUGUUAACCAAUAGUGGCGUGUGCAACAAAAUUGUCCUCCCCAGAACUCCAUCCUGACAGUAAUCUGCAGGGCACUUUCCACUAAGUAGCUUGAGAGCACUAUACUAGUAAUUUUUCUUUUUUAUAAUAGAUGGAUGCUUUGAAGAGCAGCUGCAGGAUGUGAAAUAAAACAAACAAAAAAAACAACUUGUAAUAUCUUCAUCAUGCCCUUUCCAUAAACUGUAGAGAUACAGGACUAAACAUCCAGGGCUUCAGCCCCCAAAGGCUGUCAUGCCCAGCAAGCAUGAUCUGUUAUAUUAUACAAAAUAUUGUUUAUCAAUGGAGUGGAUGCAGGGAAUGGUUACCCGAUAAAGGUAGUACUGCUGAUUACAGCACUGGAAGGGUUCAUUUUGCAGCUAGAGGAACGUUCCAUUUGACAGAUCACAGGAAAAGGUUUGCAAAUAAGGUUCCUUCCUUUUAAUCCAAAACAUCCAUCUGUGUCCCUCAAGCCAGAUAUAAAACUUUGCAUCAAAACACAUUCAUAUGGACAUUUUACCCGGACCUAUUGGCUGCCUAUCUUUUGUAUACUCUGCUCAGCAGACCUUCUACCGAUUUGGUAUGCUAAGCAAUAAUUAGGAGUCCAUUGCAAGGCUCUCUACUAAGAGUCAGACCCAAAAAACAUUAAUAACCCAUAAAUAAAUAAUAAUAAUCAUGUUCCUGUUAAAUAUAUUCAGAAUGCAGAGGGUAUUCCCUACAAAAGCAGUCCAAACAUUACCAGUUUACCUGAAGUCAUUUGUAGUAAUGGUGAAAGUCAGUUGUUCUAAGUGGCAGAUGGGUCUUGCAGUGUGUCUUUGGAAUGGAGGAAUUAUGACAGUUCCAAAUAUGAAAAAAGUGUCAUAAACCUAGAAUUUCUUCAGUCACACCUACCUUGUACCUUCUUUGGGGCAAGUUUGAAGAACUUGAGAUGGGCACAUAGUAUAUAACAUCUAUGACUUGUACAUUACAAUUUUACUUCUUGGUGCAAUAUAAAUUGGGGUGAGUUGCCAUUUUCCUUGCCAGAACCUAUCUUUUUAUUGUUCAUAAUAAUAUUCCUUUUUAAAGGAACACUUUAGUCAGUGUGCACUUCCUGUUAGUCCGGUCGGGUACAGGAGACAGAUGCUCCCUGUACCCGCGGACUAUACUGGGCUCGGCCACGCUACAGUGAGGGAGUGACAGGAGGGAGCGCUUCCCUCCUGUCAGCCCCUCUCCUCAUGCUGCGCCCAGGCGGUGCGCCCUCAUGGACGCACCGCCCGGGCAAAGCUGCAGCCGCCUGAGGCUCUCUACAGAGAGCUCGGGCGGCUGCAGCAUGGGGGGGCCGGCGCCCCUGGUCAUGGCACCCCCCACCCUGGUGGCACCCGGGGCAGACCGCCCCCCCCUUAGUACGCCACUGACUUUAGUGUCAGGAAUCACCACCCCACGAUCGGCUCUGGUGAUGCCUCUCCCCCCAUUUCAGCAAACAGGAGACUUUACUCAGCUUUUUUCCCAUGCCGUGCCAGUCUCAGCUGCCGGUUCCGCCUCCAUGGCUGAGAUCAUCAAUCUUAUUUAAAAGGCAGUGUUUACAGAGCUAAGGCUGCAGGGACAUGCUAUAGUCACCAUAACCACUCCACUACAUUAAGCUGUAGUGGAUCUGCCAUUGUCUGAUGGAAUGUACUUAAGUGUUUUUAUUGCAUACAUAUGUUGCUAAAUUGUGUUUUGUGGGCUUUUAAAUCUGAUUUAGUGGCAUAAACUCAUGUGCACCCUUUAUAAAUUGCCUUGGUGGUGGCAGCGUUUGAUACUAGAGAUAAGUGUGGGCGGUGUGAAAGAGAUUUGUUUUACCAUUUUCUAAACCCUUUCAUCUACUGGACUAAGUCAUGUGCUCCUCAAAGUAAUGGUAGUAUUUGUGUCAGCCCCCACAACACCAGAUGGGAAAGUUUUUAUAAAACAUAGCAGCUGAAAGGUUGGUGAAUACGAGCCGUAGAAUUUCCUAUAAUAAGAUUAGUAUAUAGGUAUAUGUGCUGGUAUCUAUAAGAUUAACAGAUCUGGAAAUAUUCAAUUUUUAUUCUUUUUUUAUUUUUUUUUUAGGAAUCGUAAAGAAAUGAACAAUAAUACAACAAAGGAAACCCAAUCUGUACAGAACACCAAACUGUAGAGAAACUUCCUUGCACAACAUGUGACACCCGAUAAGACUGUAUUCAAUACUGCACGAUGACAGAAUAAUUACACCUGUUUUUAAUUUCAGUUAAAUCAAUAUGGAUUGGUGUUGGGUUUUGCCAGCUUCCACCACCGAGCUCUAUAUAACCGGCUGGGAACUACUCAUUGCAGUAUGUGUUUUUCUGAAAACAGCCAGUAGAUGGUGGCAACAUAUUUCCAUUGACUGCAAGGGGUGCCCAAAAGGUAGAUCCCCAGAUGUUUUAUAACGACAGGAUCCAUGAUGCUUUGUCAUUCUAAAGGCAUUCCGAAGAUGCAAAGCAUCAUGGGAGCUACAGUUCUACAACAUCUGGAAAUCUACCUUUUGGGCACCCAUAUCAACUGUUAAAUACAGUAAAACCCAUUCCUAAUAUCAGAAUUGAUAUUAGCAGUGAUGUACCUUAAAGGACCACUCUAGGCACCCAGACCACUUCAGCUUAAUGAAGUGGUCUGGGUGCCAGGUCCAGCUAGGGUUAACCCUUUCUUCUAUAAACAUAGCAAUUUCAGGAAACUGCUAUGUUUAUGAAUGGGUUAAGCCUUCCCUAUUUCCUCUAGCGGCUGUCUCAUUGACAGUCGCUAGAGGCGCGUGCGUGAUUCUCACUGUGAAAAUCACAGUGAGGGCAUGCAAGCGUCCAUAGGAAAGCAUUGAUAAUGCUUUACUAUGUGACCGGCUGAAUGCGCGCGCAGCUCUUGCCGCGCGUGCGCAUUCAGCCGACGGGGAGGAGAAGAGGGAGGACCGGAGGAGGAGAGCUCCCCGCCAAGCACUGGAAAAAGGUAAGUUUAACCCCUUUCCUCUCCCCAGAGCCGGGCGGGAGGGGGACCCUGAGGGUGGGGGCACCCUCGGGGCACUAUAGUGCCACGAAAACGAGUGUGUUUUCCUGGCACUAUAGUGGUCCUUUAAGGUUAGUGAUGGGAUUAGAGUAGUAUUAGAUUUAGGGGUAAGAGUAGGGUAGGAUUACACUUAGUGCACGGUUAGGGUAAGGUAAGGGUUUGUGCUGGUUUUAAUGCUGUUUUAGGGUUAAUGACAGGGUAGGGUGGAGGUUAAGGGUAUGAUUAGGGUAGCCAUACAGUUUGAAAUAGUAUAAGCAUUGGAUAAGGGCUAUGGUUGGUAUGGCGUUAGAGUGGGGGUUGAUAUAGGCUUAAUGUUAACUAUCAAAAAUUAAUUUAGAACCUCAACAUGUUAGGCAUUUAAGAAUCAGGACUGAUAUAUGAAUCUACUUUGAGUUCUUUUUAAUUAGUUGCACUGAAUGUGUAAAUAUUAUUAUAACCAAAAAUUUGAAAAACAUUUUGUAAAAUUUGUUUUAAUCAUAUUUAAAACUUUAUUCAAACAUAAUGUUGAGUUAGGUAUACAUAUAGGAUGUUAAAUUAAAGCCCUUUCUGUCCUUUAAAAAAGUAUGUAUAAUAUGUGUAGGCACUUGAAAAGAAACCCUUAAAUUAUGAUGGAACAAACCUACAGCUCAAGUUCAAGGUUUUCUUUUGGUUCACAACAUGGACAAAGUCCUCCCUCUUUAACGGGUCAAUAAUGCAGCACAGGAGACUAAAGCAUAUGUUCAGGCACAACACAUAUUAGGUACAAUGCACAUGUUGAGGUAGAUAUAACUUCAAGUGUAAACAUUUUUUUAAAUGUCUUAUAAUUUUUAUUUCAUUGUGCGUUUGUAUAUAAGUAAUGC